UGAAUUUAGUCGUGGCUGUCAGAACUCCUCCUAAAAAAGGGAAAAUAUAUCAAAAUAUACGGAAUACGGAACAGCAAACCUAAUACUAAAUAAAAUUGCAAACAAAAAACAAAAACUUUAUUUAAAUUUCAAAACAAAAAAAAGCUAAGAAACCUGAAAAAGUCGUUGGUCUUUUUAGCAACUCUGUUCGGUGUUUAUUUACUAUAUUGUGAAUACAAAAAUAAAAACAAAAUUAUAAACAUUUUUUAAACAAGUGUCUUUAAAAAGUAUUUUUUGCAUAGUUUAUUGAAAAAUUUAAUGCAAAAUAAUAAUUCAUUGAAAACAACUAACAACACAAACAUUAAAAGAAAAGAUUUUGAAAAUUUCAAAUUUUUUAAAAAAUUUAAAAAACCUAAAACCUGAAACUGAAACAAAAGGUGUUCAAAUAAAAGUGACAUUUUAUUUAACUUGGAAAAAUAAGCAGAAAAACUUUGCGGUUUUAAAUUUUAUAAAGAAAACAAUAAAACAAAUACCAUCAACAACAAUGUCUUUGGCAAGUGUACAUGGUCCUCAAUUCACUGAAUUUUGCACUUCAUUGGGUCGCAGCAGUAUCAGCAUGUCAUCAUCAUUGUCUGAUUUAGUUGGCAGCCCUUUGGAAAUUUCAGUGGAUAAUGUUUUAACCAUUGAAGAGUUGAGACAACAUAUUGGUUCCUGUUUCACCUGUGGUGUAUCAUGGACUGAUGAUCAUGUCUCAUUGGAUUGCAGUGAAUGCGGUGGUUACAGUAUUGAACGUCCCUGUCCUCUGUGUGACGGUCAAUGUGGUGUGCAAUGGAAACGUGAUUUUACCAUGUCGCAUGCCUGCGGUAAAGCACGUUGGUUGGGUGUCUGUCCCAGCUAUCCAGAAGCAGCUAUGCAUUUUAAUCAAUCUACAUCUAAUACUGCUACCAUUACCAAUGCCUCCGCCUCCUGUGCUGCAGCAGCUGCCACACAAAUGCGUUUAGCAACCGAAUUGUGUGCCCGUCUGGAGCAGUUAUCGGCCUCCUCAUCAAAUCAUAUAUGAUUCCUCAACAACGCCAUUAAAUCUAAACAUCCAAAAUAUUAAAUUCAUCAACCUACAACUACUAUUGCUACCAGCAAUUAGUAAUUGUUCUUCCUUCCUAAUGAUUUUCAUGAUGCCCCCGCUCUCAUUCACACACACACACACCACAAGUUAAUAUUUUGGAAUUGUGUUUGGUGUUUUUCGUUUUUAAUGUUUAAGUUUUUAAGAGAAUCUUUAAGUUUUAAGAGCAUCCCCCCGCCCCCUUUCAUUAUUAAGUCUAGUUUUAAGUUAAAAUAUUUGCUACAAUUACAAAAAUUUGUAUAAAGAAAGAAAUUGAAAUACGUUUUCAGUUACCAGAGCCAUUAAUUGGUUUGCUCAAAUCUGGACUAACAAAGACUAAACCCAAAUUUUAAGAAAAUUCUUCAAAUUGUUUUAAACAAAUUUCUCUAGAAAAAUUUUGAAAAAGUUUUUCCAUCUUUACAAAAGUUUAGUUUAAAAUUUUGUUAAUCCACUUUUGUGGACCAGGCCAUAUUUAAUUGGUCUCAAUUUGACUGAGCUAUUUUUAAACGAAAUUUAUUGUAUAAGUAAAAAAAACAACCAACAAAAAAGACUAUUGCUUUAAAAUUAUAAAAUUGUAUGAUAUUAAUAUGGAUUAUAUACAAAUAUAUAUAUAUAUAUAUAGAUAUUGUACUUUAUUUUAUAGUAUAAAUUAAUAAUACUUAAAGAAAAAUUAAGAAAACAGAUAAAAAAUCUAGCUUAACUAAAAGAUGUUAUUUUAAACAUUCGCAACAAGAAGGAAUUAAUAAUAUGUUUUGUUAAAAGUAGAUUUGUUUUAAAAACAAUUAUCUAACAUCAAAUCACGCUCAAACUAUUAAACAAAUCAAUUUUGUUUUCAAUUGUACUUAAACAUAGUUAAAAAAAAUACUUAUAUGUAUAACAAAACAUUUAUUAUUAUUAUUUUUUGUAAAUUUUGUUUAAAAUAGAUCUUGUUUAAUCUUAAUGAAAGCUCAAAAAUAUUUGUUCAUUGUAUUGAUUUUCUGUGAAAAUCAGAUGUUUUAUAUUGAUUUUAAAUACAUAUAUUUAAACAAAUUUAAUUAUCUAUAAUAUAAUUUGAGUUUUUCGAAAAAUUUCAUAAACAACUCUGCCCAUUUUUUUUAUUAAGUUUAUUUUUUUAUUAAUAAAAUUCAUUAUUUCAAAAAUAAAA